AUGGAUCCUGUUUUAACAAGGCAUUUUAAAUGUAAUGAUCACAAAUAUGAUUCAAAAAAAAACACAAUGUAUAUAACAAAAAGAAGAAGUUUACAUAACAAUACAUUUGAUUUAUAAUCAAGCAGAGAUUAAUCGUAUGGAUAUUUCAAUUAAUAAAUAAACUACGUACAUUAUAUAGUAUGCUAAGUGUGCAGUUGAUUAUUAUGAUGUUUCAAUGCCAAAACAUACUUAAAAGGGUUUUUCAACUCCUGUUAAGAAACUUAAGUAAUCUCCAAAGAGAAGUAAUUCAUAUCAUUUCCAUUCACAACCAAAGCAUAAUUGUAAAAUACUAAAAUUUGAAGGUUAUAUUUCAAGAGAAUCACCUUUCAGGAACUGGAUAGGAAAUAUGAACAAAUCAUAAGCAUCCAGAGUAUCCCAAAUUUAACGUAUUCAUGUAAUUAUUAUACAUAAUAUAGAAUUAAGUAAAGAUUAUAGAAAAGAAUUAAAAAAGUGAAUCAUAUCAACUUUAAGAAUAUUUAAAUGCAGUUAAUAAUAGAAUUUUAUGGAACUCCCUACCUAGAGUCUUUAAUUAUUAAAAAUGUUAAACUCCAGAUAUUUUAAAAGGAGCAAGAGAAAGAAUCAAAAAGUUCUGAUUCUUAACCAUUAUUGAUUUGUUUAUAAUUUCAUUUUCAUAGAUCAUAG